CAGGAUAAAUAUUUAUUUCAUAACUAUAUGAAAUCGAAUCCCAAAUUCACAAAUCGAAUCAAAAAUAUUGAAGCACAUGUUUGCUGUAAAGGGUAUAAAUAUAGACACUCGAUUAUAUUUAGAUACGCUUUCCGUCUAGAAAAAAUAUUAAUACAGGCAUUUGAUUAUGGAAACUAACUCGAGUUGACGCCAAAAGCACUCAGUUCAACGUUUCAUAAAAUUAAUUAGGUCGUAAAAUUAAUACAAUAAUUUGAAAACAAAGCCCGGUUUGAUAAACCAUUGUGAUUGUCUUCUGAUUUUGUGGUGCAUAGUUUUUAUAUUUGAAAUUACAGAUUAAAGCAUUUAACAUGUCGGGUACUAAAGAAUUUGAUAGCAUUGAAGAAAUUCUAGACAGAAACCUUCAAGGGGAAGAAUAUGAAAAAGUUAGGCAAAUUUUGUACGGACGAUCUGUUGUCGGUUUGGUGAUACCACCUACAGCCGAAAAUGUCGGAAGGAAAAACAAUUUUGAAAUCAAAGCCUAUGCUAUUCCGUGUCCUGAAGAACAGCUGCGCAGCCCUAGGUUUGUUAGAAUUGGACUUUUUCAGAAUGAACUUCCACUUCCGGCUACUUCAAGAAUACAAGACAUGAAAGAUGCAAUGUUCAAAAUGGCAAAAGAAGCUGUGGAUGCUGCUGCCCAAUUGGAUACAAACGUUUUCUGCUUCCAGGAAGCUUGGCACAUGCCAUUUGCGUUUUGCACCAGAGAAAAAUAUCCCUGGUGCGAAUAUGCUGAGUCGGCUCAACAUGGACCUACCACUAAAUUUUUGCAGGAGCUGGCAAAACAACACAACAUGGUGAUUAUUUCGCCUAUAUUGGAAAGAGAUGAAACGCACUCCGAUACAAUCUGGAACAGUGCCGUGGUGAUUGAUAAUCACGGUGAUUAUUUAGGAAAGCACAGGAAAAAUCAUAUACCCAGAGUGGGAGACUUCAACGAAUCUACUUAUUAUUUUGAAGGAAACACUGGACAUCCAGUGUUUGAUACUGAAUUCGGUAAAAUAGCAAUAAAUAUUUGUUACGGCCGACACCACCCGUUAAAUUGGCUCGGUUUUGGCCUUAAUGGAGCAGAAAUUGUGUUUAAUCCUUCAGCAACAGUUGGUGCCUUAAGUGAGCCGCUCUGGGGUAUAGAAGCGAGAAACGCAGCUAUAGCCAAUGGGUACUUCACUUGUGCCAUUAACCGAGUAGGCACAGAAGUUUUCGAGCACGAAUUCACCUCUGGCAAUGGAAAACCUGCUCACAAAGAUUUCGGUCAUUUUUACGGGUCUAGUUAUGUUGCUGCGCCUAAUGGAUCUAGAACUCCGGGUUUGUCAAGAACAAAAAAUGGCCUUUUAGUCACGGCAAUAGAUCUGAACAUGUGCCGUCAAGUCAAGGAUCAUUGGGGAUUUCAGAUGACUCAAAGAUUGGAUAUGUAUGCCGAACUACUCCCGAAAGUUUUAGAACAAGAUUUCAAGCCUCAACUUGUAAAAAAAUAAAUUACUUUUUAAUAAUAAUCAUAAUGCAAUUAAAUUCAAGGUAUUAGGUAUUAUUGCAUAUUUAUAACGCCUUAAUUUUUACAAAUAAAAGAUUAUAAUUCAAUUAUAAAUGUUGCCUUUAUUAUUGCAAAGAAAAUACAUACUUAUUAUAAAAAAAAAAAAAAAAACAAAUUCUUCAGUAGGUGAGUGAUGAAACAAAAACAAAAUCAGCAGUUAUAUUUCCUGCUUAUCUCCAAUGCCGCCCUGAACAAUUGAGCAUUAGCAAUUCGCAAUUUCACGUUUUCUUCUUCAAGUUUUUCUCUCGACAUUUCUUUUUCCACACUAUUUUCAUCGUCUGAAAAAUCUAUGUCCGUCUUUUGAAUUAUGGCCACUGUGAAAUCAUCAGAAUCUUGCUCCACGCUUCGUUCCAAAGGUUUAAUGGCAAUUAUAGGCUUGAAAUUUUGCUCGAAAAAAUUAGCAUAAUUUUGUACAAAUUGAAGAUUUGUUAUUGCAGCUUUGUGUUCGAAUUUUUGCAGUAUUUGCCUGCUUGUUAUUUCCCAGGUGUAGACGAAACCGUCUUCACCGCCUGUGGCUAAAAUUUGAUUUGUGAAAUUUAAUCCCAUGGCGACAAUUUUGCCUUCAUGGCCAAUAAAGUCUUUGCUAGCAGUAUUUUCUACAUGUACGGUUAAAGUUCUUGGAGGUUUCUUUAAAUCGAAUUGUUUGACAAGCCCUGAAUUGGAGCCCAAAUAAAGAUUCCAGCAAGGAGAGUCAAUUAGGACACUUGUGAAAGCUUGAUUAAAAACGAUGGUGAGGAGGAUGUCUCCGCUGAAUAAAUUAUAUAUAUUGGCUGUAAAAUCUGAUGAACAAGUGGCUAAUCUUGCAUUUUUACCAAAUGUACCUAUAUGUAUGUCUCGUAUAGACAUACUGUGGUCAUUUUUUGUGUAAACUGGUUCUACUUCUCCAAUGCUACUUUGGCUUAAUAAACUAUGAUGAAUUGCAACCAAAUCAGCUAGGAAAUAGACUAUCUAAAAUAAUUAUUGAAUUUAAUUAUUUGAAAUUGGUAUUAUUAAAUCAAUUACCAAAAUUCCAUCUUCUCCUCCUAGAGCGACAUAUUCGCUGUCGCUGGAAAAUUUAAUGCACGUUAUUGGUUGAUAAUGUUUUUUUUGUACAGAAAGAAGUUUUCCAGAACUUAGCUGCCAAACAUAGAGUUUUGUUGAUAUUGCUAUAACUAUGUAUGUAUUUUGGGGGCAUAUAGCUAGACAUGUAGCUGGACCUGGUAAUAUAAGUC